UGCAUUCGAUCAUCUACAGACCUCCUUGCAGCGCAAAAGCAAACGAAGCGGAAGGGGAGGGAGAGGGAACCGAUACCAUGCCAAUGGAAGACAACGAAGCCGUAUACGAGAAGUUGGGAGAGACGGAAAAGAGAUUUGGGCUGCUUAGGGAUCGUUUCCGCCUCUCCGUCAUCGCCAUUUCUGAGGCCGAGGCUAAGAAACAGGGGCUGGAGAUUGCGGAAUCCGUAGUGGCAUGCAUUUCCGACCUAGCUUUCAAGUUCACCGCAGAAGUAUUAGCUAAUGAUGUGGGACUUUUUGCGCAACAUGCUGGUCGGAAAUCCAUUAACAUGGAGGAUGUCAUCUUAUCUGCACAUAGGAAUGAACACUUGCUUGGUUUGUUGAGGUCAUUCUCUCAUGAUCUUAAAGGCAAAGAGCCGAAGAUUGGCAAGAUGAGGAAGAGGCCUUUAUAAGAAGGCACAAUAGCCUUAAGUUAAUUGUGUUCCACUCAUGUUUUUUUUGAUAACAUAUCACUAUUUUAUUAGCCCGCAUUUUUUGUUUUUCUUGUUAAUGUACUCAUUACUUUUAUAAUUCAAAUGCCUUUGAUCGGAUCCCUGCGGAUUGAGUGGUUAUGAAUAGUCAUCAAUCAAAAUGAAUUAAGAAAUCUCUUGAAAGGUAUUUUUUUUUCCUUGAAAGGUGAAUCGAGAUAUCCUAGGGACAAAUUCCGACCGAGCUACCUACUAGGAGUCAACUAACUCAGAAGACGAACAGAUCAAAACAAAACAUUAAUCGAGUGAUCGACCCAAAAGAUGGACAACAAAAAAGCCAGACAAAGUCAAAGUUGCUACACGUGAAAAGACAACCAGAGACCUACUGAUACUAUGAGUUGAUCGACUCAGGUAUCACUCAGGAAAAUGUCAGCCUGUAGGAAAGCAAAGCACCGGAUAACUGUUGAGCGCACAAAAAGGAGCUGACCAGUGAGGAGUUAGUCGACUAAAAGACAAUAGGUAUAAUUGUCAUUUUACAAUAUAUUUAGCCCCAUAUAUAAAUAGAGUAACGUUAAAUGUAGAGGGGACCGUGAGAACUAUAAAGAAAGUAUCUAAUUUCUCUCUCUGUAGCACUAUUCUUUGAGUAUAGUUAACAAAGAAAUCUUGGUUCAACAUUCGGAAAUUUGUAGUGAACGUGAAUUAUGACACAAACAAGAAGAAAAGUAACUCAUGGAGAAUAAACAACAUAGACAAGACUGGCCAUCGUCAAUAAGCGAGAAGACCUUGCCCUGGGAGCUUAUAAGUUGAGGACUUAUACUGGAAAAAAAGUGCCUCACACAUGUAGUGGGUACGCCCUGAAGAUCUAGCAUAGUGAUACGACCCGUACACAAGUAUUCACUUUAUUUACACUAUUUGUUACUAAUUGAGAGUGGUGAACCAGAGUGCUUUGUGGAAGACACUCCAGUUGAAGUUUCAAGGGAGUGGGAGCUCGCCAUGGAUGAGGAAAUACUGUCUUCGGAGUCAAAUCAGACUUGAGAUUUGAUAGUAUUACCAAAUGACAAAAGUGCACUACACAACAAACGUGGGCCUACAUGCUGAAAGAGGAGUCAGAUGAUAACAAGUGCUGCAAGGCAAGAAUUGUUGUGAAGGGUUUCCAACAGAGAUGAGUGGAUUACAUAGUGAUCUUCUCCCCAGUGGUGAAGAUGACGACUGCCAGGGUUGUACUGAGUCUGGUAGUAGAAGAAGAUCUAUAUCUAGAGUAGAUGGAUGUAAAAACAACUUUCUUACAUGAAAAUCAGAAGGAAGAGCUAUACA